AUGGAAAUUUACAAGGAACGCCACAGGCAUGAAAGUUUCUUGCCAUUGAUUAUAUAUCUGAAGCUGCUACAUACACCACAGAGCAUGGUACUGAAUUGGCAAACCAAACUAAAGAAGCUAGCCAUGCCCAAAGUGAUCCCUGAAGUCCCAUCCGAAAUCAUUUUAGAAAUUCUUUCAAGGCUUCCUGUCAAGUGUCUGGUUCGUUUCAAGUGUGUAUCCAAGACAUGGCGUUCUCUAAUCUCCCAUCCUGAAUUUGCCAAAUACACCUCAAACGUACCAAGGAGGACAACAGUGUUAACCAUCACAAAAUCUCUCUCCACUAGCCCUUUCCCAUGCAUCUUCGACCCUGAAGAAUAUUGUGAUGAUGAUGGCAAUCUCUUAACAAGCCAGCUCCACUUUCCUAUGGCGUAUCCUGAAUAUAAUUAUAUCUUUAUUUUGGGAUCUUGUAAUGGCCUAGUGUGUGGACUUCUUGAGUCUGAUCCGCUAAUCCAUAUAUGGAAUCCAUCUACUAGAGAGUCCAGGGAAGUGGCCUUGCCGAAUUAUUUGGAUGCUUAUGAAUGCUUUUGUGGAUUUGGUUAUGAUUCUCAGCUUGAUGACUAUAAAAUAAUAGUAGGUUCCAUGUCUACUUCCACCAACCGUGGUGGCUCUAAGAUUGAAACAAAAGUAGAGGUAUUUACUUAA